GGAGCCGCAACUUGUAACCCUGUAACUCGCAACCGCCGCUGUUUCGACAAAAAUAAAAAACCCAGUUUCCAACAGAACACUCCCAAGUUUCUUUUUAUUUUAUUUUAAUUAUUUCAAUUUUUUGAGUGAAAAGAAAGAGUCGAAGUUUCAGAGUUCAAUGGAAGACGACGACGCGAAGCAGCUGAGCAUAUACAGGGCGGCGAGGACGAUAAAGCGGAGGGAAAACACCCUCUACAACGCCCUUAAAUCCAUCUACGACGACUCCAUCUUUGUCGGCGAAAUCUCGCAGCUUUGGCCCGACCUCCCUCUUCUCGCUAAUCUUCGAUGUGGCCUCUGGUACUCUUCCAAGUUCCACUCUACUUGCUACUUCAAAUCCACUGACGGCCACAACAAUAACUGGUCCUUCAACACCUCUCGCCUCAACCUCCAUGUCGCUCAACUUGCAGGACAGAAAGGAGGGUGCUUUAUUGUGGAUGCAACUCGGAGAGGGAAGAGGUUUCCAGAUAGCAUGUCGAAGACGAUACCCAUUUGGACCUGCGUUUUGAACCGAUCUAUUUCUAACCAUUUGAAUAAAAUGAGUCAAUCUGCUCAGUUCAAUGAUGGGGAGGUAAGUACUUCUGAUGAACAACAUUGUGAAGAUACAAGACAGACCAGUGUUGGUUGGGAUUGUUCCUUGCAUCUUCCUCUUUGGGUUUCUGAAACAGAGAAAGCUUCAAUUGAGGAUCGCUUAGACGAAUGGACCCGACAGUUGGAAGCCAGUGGAGCUGACGUUGCCUCCCUUGCUUCUUUAUUGAAAAAGCCACUACGCCCUCUAUGGAUAUCACAAAAGACUGUCAUUUGGUUGAACGAAGUUCCGGACCAUGAUUCAUGGGAUUUCACACCAAUCAUUCUUGUUUCUGCCUCUGCCUCUAAUGGUGUUGUACAACAACACAGGACUAGUUCAGAAUUUAGCUGGAAUUACAUAGCGGGAGCAGGUGAUGAUGAAGAAAGCUGGGCUAGGGGUUUAACACCUACCCUCUUCUGGAACCAUGCCUAUGAAAUUAUAAAUGCAGGACCUGUUUUGUGUAAUCAGAUGGUAGCUGAUAUGGUCGAAAAGGAUCGAGUGUAUCGUGCUCGAAGGGGACAAAUUGCCCCUCAGGUCACUGUCAAGGCCUCCAAGUUGGUAGAAAACUCAGUUCAUUGUUUGCAGGAUGACUCAGUGUUGCCUUUAGAUAUUUCAACUAUAAAUAUUGAUCUAAAUUCUUCUGAUGAAGAUUGUACUUUAUGUUGGCUGGGUUCAACAAGUCUUGCUGUAGGCAAAUCUCAAACUGCUGCAGCAUCUAAAGUUGAUUGUAUAUUAAAUUGUGAUCAAGAGUCCAUGUCUGCCUCUCUUUGGAACGAUAAAGUAUAUCUACAUCUUCCUAUGGUGACAUCAAAGUUUGAUCGCUUUUCCUUAUUGAAUAAUCUCCCAUCUGCUGUGAACUUUGCAAAGUUAAAUCUAAGCAAAGGGAAGACCCUUUUGAUUUGUUGCAAUAAUGGGGAAGAUAUCAGUGUAUGUGUCUGUCUGGCAAUCUUGACAUCUUUAUUUGAUGAUGGAGGAACCUUCGAGGGUGGAAGUUUCUUUAGUGAGACAUGCAUUACUAAAUUGGAAAUGCGGAGGAGACUCGUAACCAUCUGUAAAUAUGUAGUAAAUGCAAGGCCAUCAAGAGGGAAUCUGAAGCAGGUUUUCAGUUUUCUUAGUGGUGGAAGAGCUGGUUCGGAGAAGAGGCUUCACUCGCAAGAUCAGUUGCUCGAAUAAAUUAUGAAAGCUCGAUGCUGAAAUUUUGCAAGUUGAAUCGGCACGGGGUUGUAUAAAUGAGUGAGCAUUGUAACAAAGAAAGGGAACUUAGAGAAAUUAGAGAAUUGAGGCUUCAAGUAGGAAGAGUCACAUUCAUUCAUAUCCCAUUCUUUUGCACUCUUGUGCGUUCUUCAUAAGCUGACUAAGUUGAUGGCAGAGUAUGUUUGUUGCAAGUCGUUAAUUAAAGUUAAACUAAGAUUUCAUUGA